CAGCGAAGCACCGGCGCCAGCCAGCCAAUAAGGAUCAUCUUUAGGGUGUUUGCCUGUUCUCCGGCUGAACGAAAUUACAGUGAGUAAAUCAGUCUGUCCUCUUCAUCAUGGCGUCUGGAGCUUUGUUCCCCAGCAUGGUGUCCGGGUCCCGCGGCUCCUCCAGCAAGUACCUGGUGGAGUUUCGGGCCGGUAAGAUGACCAUGAAAGGCAGCACGGUGACCCCUGACAAGCGCAAAGGUCAGGUCUACAUCCAGCAGACCGACGACUCCCUGAUCCACUUCUGCUGGAAGGAUCGGACGACCGGGAACGUGGAUGAUGACCUGAUCAUCUUCCCUGAUGACUGCGAGUUCAAACGGGUGAACCAGUGCACCACCGGACGAGUCUAUGUGCUGAAGUUCAAAGCUGGCUCCAAGAGACUCUUCUUCUGGAUUCAGGAGCCAAAGACUGACAAGGACGAGGAGCACUGCCGUAAAGUGAACGAGUAUCUCAACAACCCUCCCAUGCCGGGUGCUCUGGGUAGUGGCGGCAGCGGAGGACACGAUCUGUCCGCUCUGGGAGGGGAGGGCGGUCUGCAGAGCCUUCUGGGUAACAUGAGCCACAACCAGCUCAUGCAACUCAUUGGACCAACUGGACUGGGGGGAUCGGUACGUGGUCUCGGGGCCUUGGCUGGUCCGGGAUUGGCAAACCUCCUGGGCAGCAGCAGCAGCAGUAGCAGCAGCGUUCCUGCAGCCAGUAACUCCUCCACAAGUCCGUCCACAGCCGUCACCCCCACCUCCACCUCUGCUACCAGUCGGCUGGGCUCCACCCAGGUGCCAACCACCCCCAUCACUCCCUCCGCCACCUCAGUGGCCUCCCCGACAGCCACCACUCCCACUACCCCUGCUGUGUCCUCUGCGGCGGCGGGGGCAGCUAACCCCGCACAGCCCAUCCAGCUGAGAGACCUGCAGAGCAUCCUGGCCACCAUGAACGUUCCCGCCAGCGGAACGGGAGUGGACCUUGCCAGCGUCCUGACUCCUGAGAUCAUGGCUCCCAUCCUUGUGAACCCUGAGGUGCAGCAGAGGUUGAUGCCUUACCUUCCCUCUGGAGAGUCCCUGCCUCAGAGCACAGAGGAGCUCCACAACACGCUCAGCUCGCCUCAGUUUCAGCAGGCUAUGAGCAUGUUCAGCAGCGCCCUGGCGUCCGGGCAGUUAGGGCCUCUGAUGAACCAGUUCGGUUUGCCUGCGGAGGCUGUUGAUGCAGCCAACAAAGGAGAUGUCGAGGCUUUUGCCAAAGCCAUGGAGACAGAGAAAAAGUCGGACCAGGAUGGAGAUUCCAAAGACAAGAAAGACGAUGAUGAAGACAUGAGUCUGGACUAAGAAUUCUUAAAGUGUAUUAUUUAAGGUAUUUAUUUAGCUGCUUCACCUGUUUUGUAACUAUUAAACAUUAAGGAUAAAGAUCGUGGCUCAUAUAGUAGAAACUGUAACUAAGACUCCCCUCCCUCUCUGAUAAUGCCGUGUUCAUCCUCCAACAGUGUGCUGUAUUAUUAAAACUGACUGAAGUGAACAUGUAACCCACCUGUAUGUCAGCUAGUCUGAGCUGUCUAACACAUGGGAACAGUAAAAUCAUGAGAAACAUGCUCCACUGUCUUGUGUUCAUUCUCAUGACUGUUUAGUUAACGAUCUCUUCACAGAACUCGCCUCGAGGA